UUGCAUUUCUUCAGAUGUCGCUCGAGCUCCUGCUUCCGCACCGUAUGCCCCGGGUCUAAAGGACACUUCACCCUAUCCGCUUCGUCUUCCUACAUAUUCCAUCAGCCUCUCUUUCUUCCAACUCUUCCUAUCUCUAGCUAAGACAAGCCAAGAACUAACCUCUCUAUGCUGCGCGCAAAACCGCGCGUCCGCCCGCCGCGUCAUGUUGCAGCGCCGGAAAUGCUUGUUCGGAAGCAGGUAUUCGCAUUGUAACCUAGCUUGUUUUGUCUUUGCUUUAUUUUCUUUUUCGGAUUUGUAUUUCCGUUUAUGUGAGGGUUCUGUUGUCAUUGUCAUUACUGAAGUGGUGAGAAGAGAUGUUGGAUGGAGACAUAAAGACAGACGCAGUUGGGAGUUUCAAAAGUUUUUGAUAUUCACCUCCAUCUCUCAACUUCACCACCUCACGAACAGUAGACAUGACCCGAUAACAUGCCCACAUCCUUCGCAGACCUCUCCUCCCACCGCACCCCCGUCCUCCGCCUCUACCGCGCCCUCCUCCGCCACACCCGCCUCCUCUCCACACCACCCACCUCCCCUCUCGCCGCCGACGCCGCCUUCCUGCGCUCCCACAUCCGCUCCCAAUUCCACGCAUUCAAAGGCCUCCGCGCACCCACCGCUUGCCGCGACCGUCUUCUCUCCGCAUUCGCAGACGAACGCACGUUAAGACUCGCGCUGCGCUCUGACUCCACGCACGACGAAAUCCGCCGCCGCGUCGCGCUAAUCAAACAAGUCAACCACGCGCGCGACCUCGAAACCAAAAUCACCGCCGCGGAAGCGGCAGAAAAGAAAGACGCGAAAGAACGCAAACGGCGGCAUAUCACUGAAAAGUAUGCGAAACCGCGGUACCUUGCCGCCGUGAAAAGGCAGUUUCCGCGCAUGCCGCCCGCACGGCAGCGAGCGCGCGCGAAGGAGUUGGAGGAAGAACAUACCCUUCGCGCGCGCGAGCGGAAGAAGCGGUACUACCUGCACCAUCCGCGCGAGCCCGUGCUCGUCUUCCUCCAGGGCUCAUACAAAGAAUACGUAAUCCGCCCGGCGUGGAGCACGCCGGAGAAACGGCACCGCGUGAACGCAAAGUUCGCGAGCCGGAUCCGGACGUCGCAGAAGGCGGUCGAUCGGCGGGCGAUGUACGAGUUUUGGGCGGAGUUGGCGGCGCGGGAGGAUGAGUGGGAGAUGAAGGUUGAGAUUCCGAAUAUAUUGCGGCAGGCGGCGUCGGCGGAGGAGGAGGGGGGGAAGAAGGCGGAGAUGAUGGAGGUUGUGGAGCGGUACGCGGGUUGUACGUAUCAGGAACUACAUCGGAAGUUGGUGACGGAGGCGUAUAAACAGUACAUGGCGACAAGGAACGGGAUCAGAGCGACGCGCCAGCGGACAGUCAACUUUCUCGAGUUUCAGAAGUGGCAGGUUCAUCGCUGGCGACCGCAGAUUAAGAAGCAUUUUACCUUCACCGAGCAGGAGUUGCAGGAUGCGUGGCUCGAGGUUGAGUAGCAUCUUAUGUACAUACUACAGACAGGAUAGAAUAGUCUAUAGGACAUAUGAUUACAAUGUGAUACACACAAAGAAACAACAAAACCCUUUCACAGGUCCAAAGCAGCGCGAAAAACGAAUGAUUACAUAUAUCACAAAAAGUAGAAAACAACACAAAUCAAAAAAAGAAAAAUCUCCAUAGUACGAACAAAAGAACACUUGCAAGAAAGAAACACACAAUAGAUAGGAAAAAAAGAAAUAAUUUACAUAGCCAGAUUAACUACAAAGAACAAACAGACAAUUUUUUCUUUCUCU